CUGGAGCUGAGAGAGCGUAUUUGAUUUGACACAUAAUGACGUGGUGAAGUCUGUGUGUGAAAAAAGAACAAUAAAUUGCCGACAAAUCUCUAGUGUAAUUAAAUUAGUUACCGCAUAAUAUUGCUACCAGAUCAGCCUCUGUUUCGUCACGAAUCCUCCAGCAUCGGCAAGCAGGCGCUGCGAAUAAGUUAUCUCAACACACUGACAGUCGCCAAUCUCAUACAACAAGGAGGUAGAAGAAGAAGAAAGAGAAGACGAAGGCGACGAAUAUGAAUUAGAGAAUAAUUAGCGAUUGUUGCUAGUUUGCCUGUCUUGUGUUUUGUUAGCCGCUUCUCGCUGUCUCCACCGGAGGCCCAAUACCGAAUCGAUACACGUGUGCAGCGGGAGCAGCGGCGACGUCAAAGUCAACAAACUAGGCGAGGGCCGGAGAUUGAUGAGAGGCUAGCGCGGAACGACCAUGAUGAACGAGGACAGCAGCGCCGCCGGCGGAGGCGGCGUCAAGAAGUUUUUUCAGCGCCUCUCACAGACCUACCAAUCCACUUUGGACCGGAGCACACCGCACACGCGGAUGCGUUGGGUAUUCGCCGGCUUUCUGCUCCUGCUCUUCGUUCUACGCAUUUUCGUUUACCAGGGCUGGUACAUUGUGUGCUAUGCGCUGGGUAUCUACCAUUUGAACCUGUUCAUUGCCUUUCUCACACCAAAAAUCGACCCGGAGUUUGAUCCGUAUUCCCAGGACGACGAGGAUGAAGGCCCCAACCUGCCAACACGCAGCAAUGAGGAGUUCAGGCCCUUCAUCCGGCGCCUGCCCGAGUUCAAGUUCUGGCUGUCGGUGACGAAGAGCACGCUCAUCGGAGUGAUCUGCACGUUUUUCGACUUUUUCAACGUGCCAGUAUUCUGGCCUAUCCUGGUCAUGUACUUCAUCACGCUGUUCUGCAUAACGAUGAAGCGCCAGAUCAAGCACAUGAUCAAGUACAAGUACUUGCCCUUCACGCGCAACAAGCCCCGCUACCAGCGUGUCAAUGACCUGGCGGGUGCGGGCGCCGGACCCGGUUCUGUGGCGGGCAACGCGAAGUGACAAUUAGCCGCACAGACGCCGGAUACACGACCGACGGCAGCGGGAGCGGGCGAUCCAACAAUUGCCUCUACCUCUGCCGUUGCGUCAUCAUCAACAAACAGCGACAACGCCGCGACCAAGGAUGUGGGGUCGCCAGCAGCAGGAUCGUCCAUCAAACCACCGCAGAUAAUUGCAAUUGAGGACUACUAGAGAGAAGGCUACCGACGAGCAGUCCGAAGGGGAAUCAGAAGUAGAAGCAGGGGCAGAACAUCAUCAGAACCAAGCUGGCCCCAUCAUUUUGUUGGCUUUUGUAAUCGCAGCAUAUUAUUAUUUCCUUUUUCGGCCUGAGUUUGUGUAGCAUUUUUCAUUUUUACUGUUGAGUUGUCGUACGGCGUUUUGUGCAAAAAGAUACCUUGUUUAUUGUGUAACGUAAUAAUGCUUGUUUAAAUUUCUAUUUAUUUGCAAUGAAUGCAACUUCUAUAUAUUGUAAAUCCACCUCCGAUACGAGAUCAGUCUAAUUUAAUACUUACUUCAUCCUAAACUAAUCCUAAACGUAAAGAUAUUUUAAUUAACGAUCCUUCUAUCCAAAAAGUAGAGUUACUUGCAUUCGAAACAAAUAUAUAUUUUGAUUACCAAUCAUGCUUAGAUGCUAUAUAACAAGGUAUGCCUAAAUAUAUAUACAAAUAUAUUUUUUGCAUCAUAAUUAUACAAUUUUUUGUUAGCGUUAACUUAUACAAAAUGUUAAAAGGCGGAAUGAUAAAAUGAAAUCUAUAGGCAGGAAGUGUAUACUGGGUGCGUCUUAUGAAUAAAGAAAGACACAAGGAAACCAAAACUAAACUUAUUAA